UGACAAUGUAAAUUUUUGACAUUCGUUUGUAGUUUGGUGUUUUUAGAGAAAUUCGUAAUUUGUCUAAUUCGUAAAUUUGUGUUGCGUUUUUAGUUUUAACAGAUUUUAAAACAUAAAGUUGAAGAUUAAAUACUGCUCUUGCUGAAAUCGAGAAAUUUUUGGUUUUGUAAUAUUUUUUCCUAACAAUGGAACUAUCUGCAGAGGGCAAAACCCCGGAGUACAUGGCUCUUGCGGGCAUUAAAUUCAAACUUUCUUUGCCACAAUUUAAAGAUAAUCCUCAGUUAAAAGAGGAGUUGUUUGAAGGCAUUAAAGCAGGUAACAUGGCACCGUAUUACAAAGAAGUAUGUACAGAUUUAGGGUGGCCAUUGGACCAAAAUUUGUAUGAUGAGAUGGCAAAAGAGAAUGUUAGUAGGCUGUCAAAAUUCGAAGAAGAUGAUUCUGAAACUCCAGUAUGGCAAGAUCGAUUAGACUAUUUGUGUUCCAUCGGAGAUAAAGAAGCCGCGACAGCACUGGCAACAACAAAGUAUGAAGACUCCACUUUGACUACCAACAGAAGAUUAGAUGCCAUUUUUGCUUUAUUCCGGAUUGCUUACUUUCAUGGUUGUAAUGUGAAAGAUAUGGGAAAAGCUAUAAAUAAGGCGCAUGAAUUAGUAGACAAAGGUGGUGAUUGGCGAUCAAGAAACAAGCUGAAGGCAUAUGAGGCAAUUUACUGCCUUGCGGUGAGAGACUACAGCCGUGCUGCAGAAUUGUUUAUUGAUUGUGUGUCUACAUUUGAAUCAUACGAGUUGGUUGAUUUCGGUACAAUUAUUCAGUACUGUGUCCUUGCCUGUGCUUUGGCAUUGGAGCGGCAUGCUCUUCAAGCAGCACUACGUAGGCAAGGAGCUGCAGUGCAGGCCUUGAGGUCCAGGUUCCCUGAGCUACGGGAACUUGUUGAAUCUCUACAUGAGUGUCGUUACGCUGACUUUUUGAAAAGUCUUGCUUGGGUGGAGACACAGAUCUGCGUGGACCCUGUGUUCCGGCCCCACUACCAGCACUACGUCCGCGAGGCUCGCAUCAAGGCGUAUGUGCAGCUGCUGCGCGCCUACCGCUCUCUCAGCCUCGACAACAUCGCCGAUACAUUCGGCGUCACCAGAGAGUUCGUAGAAGAGGAAAUUUCUACGUUCACGGCGGCGGGUCGUCUGCAGUGCCGCAUUGACGCAGUGGCGGGGUGCGUGGUGACGGGCGCGGGGCGCGGCGCUGACGCAGACCGCUCACAUCUCUACCAGGCCACCAUCCGCGAGGGUGAUCUCUUACUCAACAGAGUCAAGAAACUAGCAAGCGUUAUCAACUUUUAAAAAUGUAGCAAUCUUGUGUCGAUAUAUUUUGAUUGGCUAAAAAUUGUCAUUUUUCUGAAUUAAAUAAAACUAAAUUUAAA